GUCGCUUCUCCCUCGACGAGCAGCACGGAGAGCGUCCGACGAUGCGGUGCAAACCCACCCGUUGACUCAAAAGCACUGCCGUUCUGGAGCUGCUUUAUGCUAAAGCCCGGAACGAAGAGUAACACAGCCACGCUGACGGGCUUUUAAGCGCCGGGCCGUCCGAGAUCCCGUUUCGUCAUCGUGCGUCCCUUGUCCCCUGUCUCCCAUCUUGGCAGAGACGUCCACCACCACCAUGUACGCGCAAGCACCAGCUUACGGCGCCCCCUCGCGCCAUUCGACCUACCGCUCCUCGUACCAGCAGCAACAAUACGGCGCACCAGGGCGUCAUAGCUCGGUGUCCUCGCGUUACUCGUAUCAAGCGCCCUCUGGCCCCCCUCCCGGCUCAGACCCUCAGCUCUGGCAGUGGUUCACUGCGGUGGAUACUGACCGCUCGGGAGCGAUCUCCGUGAACGAGCUGCAAUCUGCUCUCCUGAACGGCAAUUGGACUCGCUUCGAUCUUGACACCGUCAAGAUGCUCAUGAACAUCUUCGAUGUCGACCGCAGCGGCACUAUCAGCUUCACGGAGUUCGCCGGCCUCUGGAAGUACAUCACCGACUGGCAGAACGUCUUCCGCCACUUCGACCGCGAUCGCUCGGGAUCCAUCGAUGGCCAGGAGCUUGCCGACGCCUUGAGUAAUUUCGGCUACAGGCUAACGCCGCCGCUACUGCAACUGAUCGAGCAGAAAUAUGUCUCCGCCCCUGCGGAAGGAUACGGACCGCCGCCAGGGAUCACCUUCGACCGCUUUGUAAGGGCGUGUGUAGCGGUGAAGACUUUGACAGAGGCCUUUCAACGCGCCGACACAGACCGCGAUGGCUGGGUACAGUUGAACUACGAGCAAUUCAUGUCUAUGGUCCUCAGCUGCCCCUGAUGAUGCACCUUAAUACCCAAUAUUUAUGUAUUCCCAUCUAGCAUUUCUUUCCCUGUAUUUCUACGCUUCUAUAUCGCUACUCUACUAAUGAACCUCAUGACCUCUUUCUUUACUAGGCAUAUCAAUGCGAUUGACCGUGAUGAGAUA